GAUCUCCUCCAACAAUCUGUAAAAUAACCUCCAGUCACAGGAAUGCAAGGGAAGAAUCUGGAAUGGUUUUGUGGCCAGACAUUUUUGGUUAAAGCCCAUGUUCAGAAGACUGGUCCAGGGCAGACCAAAUCGGCUUUUGUUCUGCUCACUUGUUGGAGAGCAGCAGUAGCAGCAGAAUGGUAUUUCGAGCAGCCUGCCUGAUUGUGUGCCUUUUGAGUGUGGCCCAGAUAACAACCCAGCAGAAUGUCAAAUUCAAGAAGAAGCCAGAGAACAAGAAAGAUGUGGUGACCCUCAAAAUGAUUGAAGAGCUGAAGGAGCAGCUAGACAUCCUCUCCCAGGAGGUGACUCUUCUCAAAGAAAAACAGGCACUUCAGACUGUUUGUCUGAAAGGCACUAAGGUCAAUCUAAAGUGCUUCCUGCUUUUCCCCGAUGCAAAGACCUACCAUGAGGCCAGUGAAGACUGCAUCUCUCAAGGUGGCACCCUCAGUACCCCGCAGACAGGAGAUGAAAACGAUGCCCUCUACGAGUACAUGAGGAAGAGCAUUGGGUCCGAAAUGGACAUCUGGCUGGGUGUUAAUGACAUGGCCAUUGAAGGCAGAUGGGUGGACAUGACGGGCAACAGCAUUGCCUACAAGAACUGGGAGACUGAGAUCACCACCCAGCCUGACGGCGGGAAGCUGGAAAACUGUGCGGCCUUAUCAGGGGUUGCCAUUGGCAAGUGGUUUGACAAGAGGUGCCGAGACAAGUUGACUUACGUGUGUCAGUUCAUGAUUGUUUAAGAGGAAGGCUCAUGGUGGGGGAAGAGAAGAUCACAGCAUUCCAUGUAGGAUCUGGAACCCCUGCAAAGAGUUUGUAGAUAUAGAUUAUAUAGAUAAUUUUUGCAGCAGAUAAAGUCAUGACUUUUGUAAUGAAGUAGAAUGAACUGGGCUGAAGCUGUAUCUUAACCUGCCAGGGUUGAUCUGGUAGCAGCUGCGCUGUUGUUCUUGAGAAGGCAGGAGUCAUUGACAUAUAUUUUUUUACAACUGAAACUUCAUUGGCCCAGAUCCUAUGGCCCCCUUCCCCCAGGUGCAGAACUUUGCUCCACUAAAGAGGUUCCUCACUUAUCAGAAGGGAACUGUGGGACCUGAGCAACAAACUUGGCCAUAUAAUACCAUGUUACAAUACUUAAGAGUCAUUAGUUUGUUGUUCUCUGUAUCUUUUCCUGCAGCCCCAUAUUACUUCUUGCAUAGCUUCUGCUAAUUCCAUUAGACUGAAGGAUGUGUGUACUUAUGUUUAACGGUAACUCCUUUGCAUAUUAGGCAACACACACCCUGAUGUAGCCAAGCCUCCUGGAGCUUACAGUGGACCCCAUACUAAGAGCCCUGUAAGCUCCAGGAGGAUUGGCUACAUCAGGGAUGUGGGGCCUAAUAUGCAAAGGAGUUCCUGUUACUAAAAAAAAGUCCUCAUAAAUUUGUUAACCCACAUCCACUUAACUAGAAUACUGCCUACCCUAAACCACCUCCCUACACCACUAGAAUCACUUACACAAAGCCUAAUUUAUUGUCCUGGGCAAUGGAGACAUAAUGAAGGGAAACCAGAGAAGAACUUAUUAGAGAUUAGAGAGAAUGUUUUGUGUACAAAUAAAACCAAAAACAGCUUUGGCAUAUGCUGGACAAGGCUCCCAUGUUUCUGAGUACAUCUGGGUGAUAACAUAAAGCAGACAUUUGGGAAGGAAAGAAAAGGUGAGUCAGGGAAAGGGCGACCAGGAGUAACAUGUUGUUAUUGCAUUAAAAAAAAAAAGGACUUCCCCAGCUCCAACCUGUGUAACAUCAUCCCAAAUAAACUGAAGUGGUAUUAGAGGGGAAGGAAAUGUGUGUUUCUGCAGCAGUGCCUUCCCUCUGCCGCAAUCACAGUGCCCCUGCUGUGUCUCCUGAGUGAACUGAGCUGCCUAGUUCAAAUUUUAUCCCUCUAGCAUUUGCUGCUUAUUUGUACACAUGGAUCUCUUCCAUACACCACGGUGGGAAGCCUCCCUCCAUUCAAAAGAAAGUGCAUGCAGAUAGAUCUCCUUUGUUUAAAUGAGGAGAGGAAGAUGUAUACAUGGUUAAGAGACUGCUGAAUGGGAGCAAGUGUUCUUCUAAAAAUCACUGUAGAAACAUUUUGUCUAGUUUCACAAACCAUGUGCAAGAAUUCCUAGAUCGGGGUGGACAGACUGCAGCUUGGGACUGACAUGUGGCUCUUUCACACAUAUUGUGUGGCUCUCAAAGCCCCCUCCACCCUGUCAGCAGCUUGGAGAAUGCAUUCAAAGUUAAAGCUGCUUUCUUUCUACCUCUCUCUUCCUCCCCCUCCCCCCAUCUAUUUGCCUGCCUGCCUGCCUGCCUUCAUGUCAUCUAGCUCUCGGACAUCUGACAUUCAUGUAUUGCAUCUCUUAAACACUUGAUGUUUAUUCUAUGUGGCUCGUACGUUAAGCAAGUCUGGACACCCCUGUUCUAUGGUACAAUAAUCUGAGAGUGCUUAUGCCUAAAACCUAUCUCUACCAUACUUUAUGUCAAAAUUUACCAUAGAAUAAAGAAAUAAUGGCU